GAGAGAAACCCAGGUAACACGGAUAGUGACAGCCUUACGGAGUCUAUCAACGUUGUCAUAAACAACAGCAUCUCUGCUCCGGUUGCCAUGGAGAAGCUCGAGUCGGCAUGGAGAGACUACAGCCUGGCUCAGGAGAAACUCAAGGCCUGUCAGAGGGUCAGUCUGCAUCCUGCUGUUAAAGGAUCCGUCCCAAAUGGCACCCUAUGCCCUAUUUAGUGCACUACUUUUGACCAGGGCCCAUAGUGGUCUGGUCGGAAGUAGUGCACUAAAUCUGGAAUAGGGUGCCAUUUGGGACACAACCAAUGACACGUCUCUUCAGAUCAGAAUACAGUUUGUCAUCAGUGAAAUGACCAUGUUUUGGCGUCCAUUUUGCAGGAGCAGCUUGGGGAUCUGAUAGACAAGCGGAAUAAGGUGCGAGGUGUUCUGGCUGCCGCGGUGGAGUCCUUCCUUCAGGAGGCUAAGUGUUUGCCAGUCAGACAACGCAUGGACAAACUG